AUGAAGUACACCUGUAAGAUUAUCCUUCUGCACCUGGUCAUCUCCUGGUUCGCCAAGAUAGCUUUUGCAGGUCAAUGCAAGGCAGCAUCUUACUCCGUACAAGAUCACGUGCUUAUAAACCACGCCAUCAAGGCCGGGCCUGCAGAGCUGAUUGAACACUGCAUCUCUCGGUGCAUAGAACAUCCCGGUUGCCAUAGCAGCAACUUUUAUCGGAUAAGCAAAUGGUGUGAACUGAAUGACAAAACGCACGCUUCCCACCCUGAAGAUAUGAGACAAGUUUCAUCUACAAACUACAUGGAGAAUACUCUCAGACUUCUAACCUGCAACAAAGACUCAGAUUGUGGUAGCACUUUGAUUUGCUUUCGUUCGAAGUGCGAAGGUGAGCUCGGUGACGGGCCACGACCAGAGUAUAAUUAUACUGUAAUUAUAUAAAUCGAAAAUAACCUCAUGAUCCAUCAUCAUAAUAAAUGGGCCGUAAGUGCACACUAAUAUGUAAAACAACCUUAAAAUCACAUGUUCAAAACCAUAGCAGUUCGAAAAUAUUGAGACACAAUCGGUCACUUCCACGCCACGCAUUUUUGUCAGUAUUUUGUUGACUUAAUGGCAAAUUAAGAUACCUUUUUACAAUAACUGAGCGAUUUCUCGCGCUCUAAUUGGUCGAGAGCUAUGGUCGAUGGUCGAUGAGAGUUCAGACAAUGAGAAUAACGUGAUCGAGGCGCAAUUUGUUUUCCUCUUCAACAGUAAUAUAAUGUACAUCUAAAGCUGUCAUUAUUAGUGUAAAAAACAAAUCGAAAUUUUUACUCACCUUUUAAUGCCCUAGUCAGAAGAAAUAAUUUGACUUUGAAAUUAAAGAUUUCAUUAAACCUGCUUUGGUCCAUCAACUUUUAUAUUUAAUAUACGACAUUUUGGGUCAUCAAAAUUUAAAACUAUUUUAUUACAGAAUGCAGUGUUCAUGCCCUAGGAAUGGAAAAUGGCCACUUGCCGAAUUCAGCUAUCACAGCGUCCUCGGUAUAUAGGGCCUCUACACACGGAGCUUGGCUGGCACGUCUCAAUAAUGUUCCAAACGGCCAAUUUUGGGGCUCCUGGUCAGCGGAUUUGAAUGAGGCUGGCCAGUGGUUACAAAUUGAUCUCGGGGAGGAAAAGGUGCUGACAGAUUUUGCCACACAGGGGAGGCCUUCCUCCCGUCAAUGGGUGACGUCAUACACAAUUAUGUUCAGUUUAGACAGCGUUAAAUGGGAGGAAUACAAGGAAAAUGAUGUCGUGAAGGUAUGUGAUGCUUUUUUUUUAAGAGGAAUCUCACAAGCAACUCGACACGUGACAUUGCCAGUUUCUUAUGAUCUUUCAGUAACCGCGCGAGGUUACUUGUUUGUUCGUUUUUUUGUUGCAAUGUUUUUUAGUUUUAUUGUGUUACAUAAUUAUUAUUUAAAAUAAGCUUUUUAAAAUGAAAAUGUCCCUUUCCUCCCUAAACUUGUUUCCCUCGUCACAUGACAACCUGUACAUCUACAAUGUAAUACGGCCACCUGACUUUGUUUCCCGGUGAGCGCAACUAAAAUUUGCGAUGUAGCUUAUUACCUUCAAAGAAGACUUUCAUUUAAACUAUCAUUAACGGAAUGCUUACAAGUAAACGCUUUCACCGAAUGGAUUUAUUCGCCUUGCAGGUUUUCACUGGAAAUUCGGACCAAAACACAACCGUGUCACAAGCUGCAAAGUUCCGGGCCAGGUUCGUGCGAUUUGUUGUGGUAACAUUUAAAGGGCAUGUAAGCAUGCGAGUUGAGCUGUAUGGCUGUGAUGUACCAUAG